AUGAUCAAUAUAUACAUAUGCUCACCGAUCGAAAUGGCCGCAUUCCACCUUUCCGUGAAGUCGUGUGUGUAUUUCAAUAAUGAUUCAGAUGCAGUGUGGAUGAUUUUGACUCGAAACGCGGCAGCUAGAGUAAUUCAGCGUCAAUGGAGACGAUUUUUGGAUGUGAAGGUAUUCGAAUUUUACAAGAGACUACUCCUAUGUGGUGAGAAGUGGGAACAACGGUUCCUCCUUCGUUGUUUAGCUCCUGGGGAGCGCUUUUAUGUUGACAGAGCUGCUGGCGGCUUCGUCAUGUUCCGACUGGGUGGAACCACAUUCCCGCCUAGGAUAUUUUACAAAUUGUUUACGUACAGACCAAUUCAGGAUGUGAAUGCCUACAGUCCAAAAUCGUACGUGAGUGGAAACUUGAGUUCGAAGAGUAACCAUAACAAACUAAAUUCAAAACUCCGGAGAGGUCCCCGGGAUUUGGUGUUGGCUGGUGAGUAUUUACGUGUAGAAAACAACGAAUGGAGGCCAAUACUGAUGGACAGUCUAUUUCACCAAAGUGCGGGUGUCCACUUGGAAAUCCAAAGCAGGCCGGUCCAAUUUCACAAGUUAUGGGUAAGCAACGUGCGUCUGCAAAUUAAGACUAUAUAG